CGUGCAUGCUAAAGUGAAAAAAAACUUGGGUAUUUAGAGUUGCUAUGUAUAUAGUAUAGAAUUGAGAUUUUUCUUCAAUAAAUGAGAGCAAAGGCUGUUGUCGUUGAUCGAGACUUGAAUAAAAUCUGGCGUAGCAUUUAAUCGCCAGUAUUCAACUGCCAACCGUUGUUACGGAUUUUAAUUUCUUACAAUUUUUCUUCAGUUUAACGCUCAAAUAAAUUAAAAAAAAAAUGCCGAAAAAGGGAAAUAGUCUGACAAAAUGGCAGCACAGCAAUCGGAAAGUGAUUAUUGCCAUUGCCGGCUUUUGCUUGGGUAUUUUCGGUGUUUUGUGUGGCAUGUUUUGGGAGCAGAUAUUCAAUAGUAUUGUGGAGAAGGAAAUGAUUUUACGCCCCGACUCACAGGUGUACGACAAAUGGAAGACUCCGCCUAUGGCUCUGAGUUUAGAUAUCUACCUCUAUAAUUGGACGAAUCCAGAAGAUUUUAAAAAUCUUAGUGCUAAGCCAAGUGUAGAACAACUUGGUCCCUAUCGGUUUACCGAGAAACAGGAUAAAGUCGAUAUACACUGGAAUCCAGAGAAUGCUUCUGUGACGUAUCGCAAAAAGAGCGAUUUCUACUUUGAUGCGGAGGGAAGCAAUGGCAGUUUGGAUGAUGUGAUAGUCACCUUAAAUGCCGUAGCAUUGUCUGCUGCCGGAAAGGCAAAGCGCUGGAACAGUGUACGCCGUAAUUUGGUUGAUGUUGGCCUAAAAUUAUACGGCCAGGAGAUGUCUAUUGCGCGUACAGUCGACGAGAUGCUUUUUACUGGCUACAGCGAUGAUAUGUUGGAAAUGGCGCGUGCCAUGCCACUUUUUGGCAAGGAUGUUGAAGUGCCGUUCGAUAAAUUUGGCUGGUUUUAUACGCGAAAUGGAAGCACCGAUUUAACUGGCGUCUUCAAUGUCUACACUGGCGCAGAUGACAUUUCGAAAAUCGGACAAAUGCACACAUGGAACUACAAACAACACACGGGUUUCUUUCAAUCAACUUGUGGCCACAUCAACGGUUCAGCAGGCGAAUUUUAUCCACCAUACUUGAAGGAGAAUGGCGGCGUUGCGCUCUAUACGCCCGAUAUGUGCCGUACAGUGCCGUUGGACUAUGUGGGCACCACAGAGGUAGAGGGCUUACGUGGCUUCAAAUACAGUGGUGGAGCGCGUUCAGUUGACAAUGGCACCCUAUAUCCUGAAAAUAGUUGCUUCUGCGGCGGCGAAUGUGUGCCCUCGGGGGUAAUGAAUAUUUCUUCAUGUCGUUUUGGCUCGCCUGUAUUCAUGUCUUAUCCUCAUUUCUACAAUGCUGAUCCGUAUUAUGUACAACAAGUAGAUGGCAUGCAGCCAGAGCAGGAUAAACAUGAGUUCUAUAUGAUUUUAGAGCCGCGCACAGGAGUUGCUUUGGAAGUCGCUGCACGCUUCCAAGUCAAUAUGCUCGUUGAACCUAUUCAGGGUGUAAGCCUGUACGAAGACGCACCACGCGUUUUCUUCCCGCUCAUCUGGUUCGAACAAAAGGUACGCAUCACACCCGAUCUUGCCGCCGAUCUGCAGAUGUUGCCGAUUAUUCUAAUGGCUGGUCAGAUAUUCGCCUGCCUUUGCUUUGCUGUUGGUCUAAUUCUGCUCUGCUGGUAUCCCAUCGAAAUGUUAUGGGCGCGUCAGCGAUCUGUUGAUCUCAAAACUAUGCCAACAACAACAGUGGAAAAUGGCAAACAGACAUCGAAAUUCUCCAGCGGCGAAGAAUUAAAGACUCGACCGCCGCCUCCAGCUGUAAUGGCCAAUAAUAACAAAAAUCUGGAUAGCUCGCCGCUGCUGGAGCGCGGCAAUGGAAAGACGGUGAUAAUAAUGCCAAAGUCGGAGACAAAUGAAAGUGUUGCCACAGAUAAUACGGUUGUAAGUGAUGAUGCUGCUACUGACACAAAGGGGUAAUGAGGGAGUUAAUGGUGUUUUCGGGUGCUUACCAAAUAUGGACGUCCUAUUUUAUGCCAUUUUUCAUAAGAAUUUCAUAUCAAACGUAUGUAUGUAGUAGUUGGUAAUUUACAGUUUUGUGAUUUAUUAAACUGUUUUAUUUGCAGUUUUUUAAGUGAAACUAGUGACCUACAUACAUAGCUGACCAGUUGGUUGAAAAAAAAUUGAUAUUUGAGAAAAACCGUUAGAUUAAUAAGCAUAGUUAUGACAUGUUUUUUUUUGAAUAGAAUACUCCAAUUAUUAGAAUGAUGGCAAUUCUUUUUAAUUAGGAAUUUCAUAUGUAUACAUGUAUGUACAUACAUAAGUACAAAUUAUUGUAUGUAUGUAUUCAUACUAAAUAGUGUACUCCUAGUUAUUUAUAGAUAAAUGCCAACAGGUAUGACAGUGAACAAUAUUGAACAAAAUUUAAUAUUUUAGACUUUAAUUAAAGUCUUCAUGGGCAUUGAUCGGCAUUAAAUUUUAAUCGAUACUUUUAGAAAUUGUAGUUAGUUUUUAACAAAUAUUGAUACAUAUAUGUACGUAUACUAUACGAAAAUGUAGGGCAAACUAGAUGUGAUAUACGAAAUGUCCAAAAACAAAAGUGGCCUCAUUAAAAUCAGAUAUUACUUAAAAUAAGUCUAUUUACCAGAAAAUUUUUACCAAAAAUAUGUUGAAGAAUAUUACAAAUGCAAUUUUGUACUUUUAUAUGCAGCGAAGUAAUAUUUUUUUAUAUACAUAAAUAACAACACUUGUUCUAAAAUAAACGUGCAUAAAUGCUUGAAUUUAAUAUGAAGUAAGCAUACAAAUGAUGACAAAAUAAACUGGUAUAUCGAAAACAUUCCUAGAUUCGCAGAACUUGUAAGCUAGAGACCUAAGUACUAUCUAAGAAGUAAUUUUGUAUUCAAUUAAAAUUUAAAAUCAUAUUAAGGGUAUUUAUUCCCUUAGGCAGGGUAAGACCACGAAAAUUUCGAAAACCACAAAACUUUGAUUGUACUUUUUAAAAUUUAAGUGAAAUAAUUUUCGAGUUUUGCACCUGUUCAAGUUUAAGGGAA